GGGAGGGAAAACAGCGCACUCUGGAGCUGAGCGGGGAGGCGGAGCGCGGCCAGAUUUUUCAGUAUGUAAUUACAGCUUGGUAGAGGCAGGAUAACAGCAGCAACAACGCUCUCAAAACACACCUGAUAUCAAAAUAUCUGUGGUCCACAUCUGAGACAUCACCUCCCCUGGUAUGAAAAAAUGGCCAUAGUCCUGCGACUGCAAGGUCUAGAUGUGAAGGCAGGUAUUGAAGAUAUACGGAAAUUCUUUGAAUAUCUUUAUAUACCAGAUGGUGGAGUGUACAUAGUGGGAGGAAAUCUCAGAGAGGCAUUUAUUGCUUUCACCACUGAACGAGAUGCCCAGCUUGCCAUGCGGCACACUGGGAAUUUCCUCAAAGGGUCUAAAGUGACUUUACACUUAAGCAGCAUGGCAGAGCUGGAGGAGAAGUUGAAAUCAUUGUUGAAGGGGAAGAAACCCUCCCCCACCAGGCUUACUGUCAAAAGACCUCAGCCAUCUCCAGAGCACAAGAUCAAGGCAAAUUUAAAUGAGAAGAAACCCUCCCCCACCAGGUGUAUUGUCAAGAGACCUCAGCUAUCUCCAGAUGCUAAUCUACUACCUUUGAAUGGAUGGCCUCGUGAUCCCAAUUCCGCAAAUUUACCUUCCUCCACUGCAACUCCACCACCUUCUACUGUAGGGUCACAUGGCCCCAGUAUUGUAAAUCUACAAACUUCAAAUGUACAGUCACUUGAUUCCAACACUGCCUUUCUUCUUGGGGUUUGUACUGUCCUCAAAAGUCUCCAGUCUAUCCAUGAAGGAGAAAACAAUGAGGUGGUGCCAAGGGUUGAUUUUACCCAGGCUGCCAGCACAGUUGUUGCGUCUAGUGAAGUGAGGAAACCAGAGCAAACUCAGGCAUCAAGGCCAGGCUACGUCAGGCUCUUUGGUCUGCCAGCCUCAGCUACAAAAGAUGACAUUUGCCAAUUUUUCAGAGGGUUGAAAGUACAAGAAGCCAUAAUGAAUGUGAUGUUGGGACUGAGCCAUGGCUGCCUUGUAAAGUUUGCAAACAUGCAGGACGCACGUGAUGCUCUUCGCUUCAACAAACAGUUACUGGGCUCCAUCUGUGUAGAGGUACGUGGAGCAACUGAGAAGAUGUGGACCAGUGCGCUACAAGAAUGUGAAAAUGGUGUGAAACCCAAGCAAAGUCCUCUUAGUGAAACUGCAAAGCACAAACAGAAAUUAAUUUCUACAUUGCAAAUCAAGAGAAGAUCUGUCAACUGGUUGCCAAUGCCAUCUAAAUCACAGAAAAAGCCAAGAACCGAUUGUGACUCAUCAACUGCCCGAUCAGCGACCACAGAGUACAUUGUCAUGGUCAGUAACGUACCUAAAAACAUGACCAAGACUGAAAUAAAAGAAUUGUUUGGAUGUCCAAACAUUGCACACAAAAACGUACUACAUUUGCUCGACAAAGAAGGCACCAGAACAGACACAGCAUUUCUCACUUUCAACCAGACUGAGGAUUAUGACUAUGCACUGAAUCUCAAUGGCUGCCAUGUGGGCCCUGAUGCCAUUAAGGUCUCAUCAAUCACCAGGGAGAAGAUGAAGGACAUGAUGGUGAAAACCCAUCCCAGGAAUCUUAACCAGUGUCUGAAGAUGGACGCAAAGGGGAAACCAAUUGGAAAGAGGAAAUCCAAUUCAGUUGAGAAACCAGGAGGAACGCCAAGCACAAACCUGGACCCAGCAGCUCAGACAUGCCUGUUUGUUCGAAACUUGCCCGCAGAUGUACACAAAAGUCAUAUAAAAAUGCUUUUCCACAAAUACAAACUGAGGACUGAUAAUAUCAUCUUAUUGUAUGACAGUGAUGGCAAAGGUAUUGGUGAGGCUGUGGUUCAGUUUAAAUCACCAAAAAUUGCUGCAAUGGCUCAGGAGCUCCACAGUCAGGACUUCCUGGGGGCAAAAGUACUUUUGACUCCUAUAAAUGUGAAGCAGAAGGAGGACAUCUUGGCAAGAGAUGUUUGAAGAAGUUGGCUGGCAGUUGAACAUUAACACUUUUAUUACAGUUUGUCUCAGUUGCUUUGGCUCAAUUCUUGAGUCAAAAGCAAAUCUGUCAAAAUGUGAAAUUCUUCUCAACAUUUUAUUUGUGCACAACAGAGUAUUUCUCCUUUGUUACCAUUUGCAAAUGUCUUAGCACAUUUAGGCAAAUUACUUAAUACAAUUUUAUACAAAUUGAACAAUUAUUGGUUACAUGUUUUGUUAACAAAAUACAUUAUGUUUUCCGUUGAAUAGUUUCACUCUUAAAUGUUAAAUUCUUUCAUUUUGUAAGUCAUCACACGCAGAAUAGUCCCAUCUAAUCCAAAUCAGCCGAGCCCAGGUUUCAUAAAUUAAAUUGAUAUGGACUGGUCAUAAAGUAACUUUGUUGUCAGGUGAAACUUGAACUUCACUGACAAAUGGGAAGUUUCUCACAUCUUAGAUCAACCAAUGGCAUGUGCUGUCUGGAUAGCUUACAGGUGUAAGUCUUAAGUAUAGGUAUUGUACUGUAAAACACAAAGCUUGAGGGCAACAGAGUUAUAAUUUGGACAGGCAUGACAGAGGAGUUAAAUAUAUGAUCAUCCACCACAAAAUCAUAUGUCUGCUUGUGUCAUGGAAAAUACAGUACACUCUUAAUGACUAUGUUAACACCUUAAAUGAAAGCUUUCUUCACAGUUAUAUGUGCCUGGGCUAUAAUUACUAUGUAAGGUGGUUAUUAUUGUCUUGAGUCUUCUUCCUUUGUCUGAAAUCUGGGCCCAGAACCAUGUAAGGUGGGAGACGUCAACAUAAGAGACAUGUUUUCCUGUGUGUUCCUGUGCAGACUGCUGUAGAAAACUAGGCCAAACACAGGCUGUUGCUCUCAGCCUGAGACAUACCGUGUUACAGGAUGAAGCCUCUUUGCAAGUGUUUCGAAUAAAAAACAAAGACAUUC